GCAAAAGAAGGGUUUUCUUUUUUGUAAGGGAGAGGGGGUUUGUCUACGUGCCUGGGUUUUGUGGGGCUGGGGGUGGAUGCAGCAGGGUUAGGAAUCUCUCAAUGUCCGUGCUGGAAAUUUAAACCUCGAGAGGCAGCUCCUGGAUACUGAACACUGAGAUGGGCAGUUGUGUUUCGGGGGACUGCGCAGUCAAAACGGCAAAGAGAGUGAUUUAUUUGGGCUUCAGUAAAUGCUGCAUCUUGUAUUUCAAAGAGUUUCCUGUCAUGACCUCAUAAAAAAGAGGAGGCGGCUUGUAUGUGUAGCAGUGCCUGGCGUGUUGAGUUGUUGCUUCCUUCUCUGGGCAGCAGCUCUGUAAGAAGGAAUGUCAGCUUUUACAUAACGUUCCUUUCCGCUUUUGACACACUGUGUGAGGGUCCAUCUUCUUCUGAUCACAGAUGGAGUGGAAUGGCUUGAAGAUGCCUUCUAGAAUCCUAAAGUUGACCUGAAGCCAAGAAGAAAAUUCUGGUGAUGGGAGAAGUGGAGCCACUUAAAUUACUUACAUGAUGAUAAUUAGCACCAUGGAGCCUCAGGUGUCAAAUGGUCCGACAUCCAAUACAAGCAAUGGACCCUCCAGCAACAACAGAAACUGUCCUUCUCCCAUGCAAACAGGGGCAACCACAGAUGACAGCAAAACCAACCUCAUCGUCAACUAUCUACCCCAGAAUAUGACCCAAGAAGAAUUCAGGAGUCUCUUUGGGAGCAUUGGUGAAAUAGAAUCCUGCAAACUUGUGAGAGACAAAAUUACAGGACAGAGUUUAGGGUAUGGAUUUGUUAACUAUAUUGAUCCAAAGGAUGCAGAGAAAGCCAUCAACACUUUAAAUGGACUCAGACUCCAGACCAAAACCAUAAAGGUCUCAUAUGCCCGUCCGAGCUCUGCCUCAAUCAGGGAUGCUAACCUCUAUGUUAGCGGCCUUCCCAAAACCAUGACCCAGAAGGAACUGGAGCAACUUUUCUCGCAAUACGGCCGUAUCAUCACCUCACGAAUCCUGGUUGAUCAAGUCACAGGAGUGUCCAGAGGGGUGGGAUUCAUCCGCUUUGAUAAGAGGAUUGAGGCAGAAGAAGCCAUCAAAGGGCUGAAUGGCCAGAAGCCCAGCGGUGCUACGGAACCGAUUACUGUGAAGUUUGCCAACAACCCCAGCCAGAAGUCCAGCCAGGCCCUGCUCUCCCAGCUCUACCAGUCCCCCAACCGGCGCUACCCAGGUCCACUUCACCACCAGGCUCAGAGGUUCAGGCUGGACAAUUUGCUUAAUAUGGCCUAUGGCGUAAAGAGACUGAUGUCUGGACCAGUCCCCCCUUCUGCUUGUCCCCCCAGGUUCUCCCCAAUUACCAUUGAUGGAAUGACAAGCCUUGUGGGAAUGAACAUCCCUGGUCACACAGGAACUGGGUGGUGCAUCUUUGUCUACAACCUGUCCCCCGAUUCUGAUGAGAGUGUCCUCUGGCAGCUCUUUGGCCCCUUUGGAGCAGUGAACAACGUCAAGGUGAUCCGUGACUUCAACACCAACAAGUGCAAGGGAUUCGGUUUUGUCACCAUGACCAACUAUGAUGAGGCGGCCAUGGCCAUCGCCAGCCUCAACGGGUACCGCCUGGGAGACAGAGUGUUGCAAGUUUCCUUUAAAACCAACAAAGCCCACAAGUCCUGAAUUUCCCAUUCUUACUUACUAAAAUAUAUAUAGAAAUAUAUACGAACAAAACACGCGCGCACACACACACACAUACACGAAAGAGAGAGAAACAAACUUUUCAAGGCUUAUAUUCAACCAUGGACUUUAUAAGCCAGUGUUGCCUAAGUAUUAAAACAUUGGAUUAUCCUGAGGUGUACCAGGAAAGGAUUUUAUAAUGCUUAGAAAAAAAGAAAAAAAAAACAAAAAAAUACCUUUGAUGCAUUGAAUGUUCUUUCAUAGCUGUCGUUGUUGAAUAUAAUAUACAUAGAUAGCGAUGUGCAGGGAUUUUUACCCAGCCAGCUAACUUUACUACCUUCCUUGAAGGUGGAUCUUUUUAAGAUGACCAUUCGCUCAUUUGAAGAAGAAAAACAAAAAACAAAAAAAAUAAUAAAAAUACAACAAUUUUUACAAAGUAAUGGGAUUCAAAGAAAGGAAAAAAAGAUUUUUCUUUUUUGUCAAAAUGUUGAUCCAAUCAGAUUGGUAAAAAAAAAAAAAACCCCACACAAAUUAAAGAGGAAUAAUAAAAAUUGCAAAAAUAAAAAAAAAACUUUUGCAAAUUUUUUUAUUUUUCCUUUUUUCUUUUAUAUCAUGUGAACUAAAACAGUCUUCUGUUAGGGGAUGGGGGCAAGGGGGAUACCUGAUGACAUUAACAAUUUAAUAACAUUAACAUUGUUGCCAAAGAGGUGGUCUCUUUGCUGAAAAUGGGUUUCAAGAAAAAUCUAUUUUUAUAAAAUAUAAAGAAUUUUUACAAGAGAAUCUGGAUUUGAGAAAAAAAUAUUUUGACUGGCUAAUUUAGGGGAAAUUGACAACUUUGUCGCGUUCAUACUGCACUGGUAACUUUUUAGAGAUCAAGAUGUGUGUUUUAAACUGGAUUCGUAGACUGUUUUUUGAAGGAUGGGCUAUAAACAGAUGAUCUUCAUAUCUUUUCAUAGCAUGUAAUAAUAAUUAAAAAACAAUUAUUAAUUACUAGGGGAAAGGAGUGUUCGUUCUACCCAGGGUACCACAGUUCCCCACAGUCAAAACCCAAAAGCAAGGAGAUGAGUUGAAAGACAGUUUUUCUUUAAGUCAUCAGUAUGGGAUGUCAGCAGAACAAAAAUUAAAAAGAUUAAUUUUCCUUUUGAUCUAAAACUUCCUUAGUUUGAGCAGUAGGUGCUACAAAAUUAUUUACAUAUCUUAGUAUCAUAGUUAAAUGUAAUGUGUUUAGGAGAGGAAAACAAAAGAUACAUUUGCUUUAAAUUCAUUAAGAAAUUUUCAAAUUCACUUUGUAGCCCAUGCUGAUAGAAUUGGGCUGUGUUGGUACAUUUGAAACACUGUUUAUGUUGCUUGAAACACUUAUUUAUUUAAUCGCCGAUGUGAUGAUGCCUAUGGCCGAGAUCAAAUAUAGCUAGAUUGGCUAGACUACUUAUUUGUUUACUUAAACUAUGGGAAGAAGCAUAUUAUUGUGUCAUUCUGUUGUGUGUGUAUGUGUAUAUACAAUAUAAAUAUAUAUAUAUAAAGUUAUUUUUUCUUUGGGUUAAUUUAUUAUAAGUUGUAACACUUGGCUAGUUUUGUUUGUAUAUGUCUUAAAAUGUUUUCUUAUGAUAUUUAAGUGACAGUUAAAGAGGUAUCAAGGUAACUUGUGUAGAACUAUUGUUUGAUAUAUUGUCAUGUUUGUUGUGAAUAUUUUUUCUUACUGCACAGUAGAAAAAUAAAAACAACUGAGUCUUUAUUUUAAUGUAACUCAGAUUGGGGAAAACAAAACAGAGCUAAGGGAACAAAAUGACUGAGGGAGCACCCUCCCACGUCCAGUGCACUGAUCAUUUUAGUAUGUUUGUGCUUUGUACGGUUAUAUAUUUAAAACAAAAACAAAACAAAAAAAUACAAGGGUUCAUGCUCUUCCCUGGGUAAUAGAAACAGUUACUCGCUAUGCAUAAUCUAGUUGAUAGUUAAAUUUGCUAUUGCUUUUCUUGUCUUGUUAUAUAAAAUCUUUUCAAUACAAGUUUAGUCUUAAUGGUAAUAAAACGUUAUGGUUAUUUAUAACUUGUGCUUAUUUUGUGCAUUUUUUCCCAUGCUGAACCCACUAAGUGCAUGUAGACAGGACUGUUGUUUUCACACUGAAGAGGCAAACUUUGUAGUAGUCGUUGUAGUGGUAGACAGAUAACGAAUACCAAGGCUGCAUCAUAGACUCCUCCUUUAAAUUUUUUUUCUGUUUUUUUUUCCUCUUUUCAGUUUUGGAUAUAACACCAGAUUUCAGUUCAGAGAACACUCGUUCAACAUUCAGGGAAAACUUUUUACGUACCUGCUAUGAAUGAACGCAGUUUGCUGGCAAAGUUUUGAUGCAUUUGCUAAGCAUUAGUGGGAAAGGCAUGCCAAAAUCUUCUCUAUAAUGUGUUCAAUCUUGGGGGAAAAAAAAAGGAAAAAAAAUCUUAGGACCAGGCAGUUGUAUACUUUAGUUAUUAAUGAAUGACUUCAUGUUAAUCUUGCUAGUUUAGAUGAUUUCCAAGGGAAAGUAUUGUAAAUGUUUUUUUUUCAUAAUCUUGUUGUGUUUGAAUUAUUUGUACUUUAUCUGUCCAGACAAUAAAUGAAAGUGUGUAGAAUGGA